CUGUUGCAAAUGGUGGAUUGCGUUUCUUUUUCUUGUGCUCUGUGUAAAAUAUUUACGUAAAAUAGUGUUAAAUUCGUGGUGCGGUGUUUCUGACUAUCGUAAACAUGUCGGAAACACUGCCGAAUACAAAAAAACAAGUUCCAAGGCAACUGCGUGAACGCAAGCAACGUAAACUUUAUUCCGAUGAGUGGGCUCUCGGAGACGAUGAAGUGGAAGGUGGCCGGGGCUUCUCUCUUGCUGACAAGCUGGAGAGUCCCCGCUUUGAACACACCGGUGCUGUACUGGAGAUGCAUGGAACGGACAUCACCAUUUCCUACCUGCAGAAGAACGGAUUCACCACUCCGUUGCUGUUCAAAGAGAAGACCGGACUGGGGCUGAGAGUGCCGACCAGCAACUUUACCGUGAACGAUGUGCGCAUGUGCGUGGGCUCCCGCCGCUUGCUCGACGUCAUGGAUGUCAACACGCAGAAAAACAUCGAGAUGACAAUGAAGGACUGGCAACGUUACUACGACGACCCGAACAAGGAGCGUCUACUCAAUGUCAUCUCGCUGGAGUUUUCUCACACCCGCCUCGAGAACUACGUCCAAGCGCCACGCAUAGUGCGCCUCAUCGACUGGGUGGACACUGUUUGGCCGAGACACCUUAAGGACCAGCAGACGGAGUCGACCAACGCACUCGACGACAUGAUGUACCCCAAAGUGCAGAAAUACUGCCUGAUGUCGGUCAAGGGCUGCUACACCGACUUCCACAUCGACUUCGGAGGCACUUCUGUGUGGUAUCACAUUUUGAGAGGUGCAAAGGUGUUCUGGCUCAUACCGCCUACUGAGAAGAAUCUGCAGCUCUACGAGAAGUGGGUGCUUUCUGGCAAACAGUCAGAUGUCUUCUUCGGAGACACUGUGGAGAAAUGUAUUAGAGUUCACUUGCAAGCGGGCCACACAUUCUUCAUCCCGACUGGCUGGAUCCACGCCGUGUAUACUCCCAGCGACUCGCUGGUCUUCGGCGGCAACUUCCUGCACCAGUUCGGCAUCGAGAAGCAGCUCAAGAUCGCGCAGGUUGAAGACGUGACCAAGGUCCCUCAAAAGUUCCGCUACCCGUUCUUCACGGAAAUGCUGUGGUAUGUCCUGGACCGCUACGUGAGCGCGCUGCUGGGCCGCUCGCACCUCGCGCCCGAGACGCAGCCCGGCGCGCCCGCGCCCGCCACACGAGAACACGUGCAUCUCACGCAGCACGAGCUACAUGGCUUGAAGGCCAUAGUGAUGUAUCUACACCAGCUGCCCGCAGCGCGCAAGUCUGUCCCGGAGCUGUUGUCUGACCCGAUAGCGCUGGUGCGGGACGUCCGCACUCUGGUGGAGCAACACCGUCACGAUAAGCAGAACUUGGCUAUUACUGGCGUGCCGGUGCUCAAAGGUCCCGACGAAGUGGUGUCGGGCGAGCGUCGUCAGUCUAGCGGGCGCGGCGGCCGAGGCGGCUCCACCCGCGGCGGCGCCCGCCCGCGUCCCGACCAUGCCAGCAACGCGCCCAGGCGCCGGCGCACCAGAUGCAAGAAGUGCGAGGCUUGCCAGCGUACCGACUGCGGCGAGUGCGUGUUCUGCCACGACAUGGUCAAGUUCGGCGGGCUCGGCCGCGCCAAGCAGACCUGCGUCAUGCGCCAAUGCUUGCAGCCAAUGCUCCCAGUCACAGCGUCGUGUGCCGUGUGCCACCUCGACGGAUGGAUGCAGACGCCGGUCGCGCCGCAGGCUAAGGGUAACUCGGGACGCAACGGGCCGUCUUCGCUGCGUGAAUGUUCUGUGUGCUAUAGCAUCGUGCACCCGGCUUGCGUGCCGCCUGGCGGGCAAAUCAAUGAGGACCUGCCCAACUCUUGGGAAUGCUCCACUUGCACUACCAUGGGGCUCAACCAUGAUUACAAGCCCCGUCAUUUCCGCGCUCGUCAAAAGUCUUCUGAUCUUCGCCGCAUGAGCGUGGGCUCAGAUGCCAACAGCCAAAUGAGUCACCACAACUACCAGUCUUCGUUUGGGCACAAACUGCCUGGCCCGCUGCCGUCGGCUGUCAAGUCUGAAGGCUCAGACAACGAGGGCAAAAACGAUGUGACGCAUCUGAAGACUGAGGAGGAAAUAAAGCGCGAAGAGGAAGCGGCUGAAGGCGCCGAGGGCGGUGAAGGUUGGGAGCCCAGCGCCAAAAAGCGGCGCUCCAGCGAGGAGGAUGACGCGCCGAAAAAGCACACGCUUCGCGCACACCUCGCUCUGCAGCUCACCCACCACACCGGCAAGGCCCUCAAGAAGCCGUUGUACCCGAUCCGGCCGAUGGGCUUCAUCCAGCAGCCGGGCGCGCCGGGCUCGUCGCCGUGGCUGGACCGCGAGGCCAUGCUGUGCGUUUUCGCCAAGCUCACGCCGCAUGAGCUUGCCGUCUGUGCGCUCGUCUGUAAAGCCUGGGCCGAGUACUCCAUGGAUCCAUCCCUCUGGCGCAGCAUGUCAUUCGUUCAAGUCCGCGUGUCAGCCGCCCAGCUGGCCGGUAUCGCGCGCCGCCAGCCGCUGUCGCUCGGUCUCGAGUGGUGCCAUCUGGCUCGAAGGCAGCUAGCGUGGCUCCUGGCGCGUCUACCAGCGCUCCGCUCCUUGUCGCUGGCCGGCUCGCCAGCUGAAGCGGCGCUCGCGCUGCGUUCGUCCAGUUGCCCUCCUCUCACAUCCCUGGACUUAUCCUUCGCUCGCUGCCUCGACGACGCCAAACUGCGCGGCAUUCUGGCGCCGCCUGAGAACUCCAGGCCUGGUGGAGGAGCCAGGACUGGCGCGGAACCGUCUCGGUUGGCAGCUCUUAGCGUGCUGAGACUGCCGGGGACUGAUAUCACUGAUGUUGCUAUGAGAUACGUUGUGCAGGUUAGUGUCUUGUUAAUAUUGCCUUUUGGUGUGGUGGCCAGUUGCCCUCCUCUCACAUCUCUGAACCUAUCCUUCGCUCGCUGCCUCGACGACGCCAAACUCCGUGGUAUACUGGCGCCGCCAGAGAACUCCAGGCCUGGUGGAGGAGCCAGGACUGGCGCGGAACCGUCUCGCUUGGCGGCUCUUAGCGUGCUGAGACUGCCGGGGACUGAUAUCACUGAUGUUGCUAUGAGAUACGUUGUGCAGGCCCUGCCCAAGCUGUGCGAGCUAGACGCGUCUUCCUGCGCGCGGCUGACGGACGCGGGCGCGGCGCAGCUGGCGCACCACGGCCUGCAGCGGCUGUCGCUGGCCGGCUGCCGCCUGCUCACCGAGGCCGCGCUCGACCACCUGGCGCGCUGCCCCAACCUCGUCAGACUGGACCUCCGACACGUGCCUCUGGUGUCCACGCAGGCGGUCAUCAAGUUCGCGGCCAAGUCCAAGCACAACCUUCACGUGCAGGACGUCAAGUUGGUAGAGCUGAGGAAGACCUGAUGCCAGGCCACGGGGGCGGCGCCGACGUCCGAAGCGGAACCCGCGCCUGCCUCCGUGCCCGACGUCGAGUCUGACGUCACGACCGACGUCACGCCCGACAUCACGCCCGACGCCGCGCUCGACGCAGCUCCCGAGUCUGCGUAAGCGCAAACAUAGACUCUGUGUACAAGGUAAAAAGUGCAAUUUACAAUAACAUUCGGACAAUUCGGAUCGAGUUCUCGUGCGCUCAUUGCACUCAUUGGAAUGUAGACUUUGUGUGUUAACAGUGCAAUUUACAACGUGAUCGCGUGAUACCGUUGGUGUUUUGUUUCAGUCUACUUUAGGUAGGCGUUUCUACACAUUUUGUAGUGAAAAUCGUUACGAUUAUUGUAAUGUGAUUUUGUAUACUGUGAAUGGUUACUGUCAAUGGUCUCACUCAUUUAAGUUUUACUAGUGGACUACGUUUCAGUAGUUUUUUUGUAAAUUUACCUUAAAAGUCAUAAUGUUUUAAAUAACAUAUCAAACAGAAGUCUACAUUUCUUUGUCAGCGCGCACUUUGUAGAUAUUGAAGCAAAGACUUGAGUAAGCUUAUCCUGAUAUAAUUGUUGAAGUGAUACGAUUUUUGGGUAAAUAUUACGACAGUUCACAUGAGAACUGAAGAAUUAGUCAAAAAAUAUCAAUUUUACUUCGAAACCAAAUGAUCAAAUGUUUUCGGGAAUGUUUUUUGUUUCGUUUUCUCAUUCUCUAAUUGUUUUUAUAGUGUGACGUAAUAGUCAUUAAUUUACUCCUUUUACUCUUGAACAGACACAUUAUAUCGUCUUUUGCAAUAUAAUUUCAGUGCCAAUCAGUUUCUAUAUGCCAGCACGAUUUAUACUGCACAAUCAAUGAUAAAUAUAUAAAAAAGUUAUAUGUAUUAAUUUUAUUGCAUGCUGUUGCAUUGGUAUUAUAUUUUAUUGUUAGUUUUUAUAUGUUUCUUGAUUUGGGCCGCGAGAGGCUUUCAUUUAUCAUUGACUGAAAAUUCUAAAUGCCUGUAUUAUAUGAAUGUAUAAGAAAGUUUGUGUCAAAUAGAACUAGCUAAGAUAUGUAAUUACAAAUGCAACUUUCCGUGUGUUUAUGAUCCAAAGAAUAGUUUACAUACUUAUAAAUAGUCCGUGUUAUCUGUCGCGAAAUAAAUGAAUGGUGUAUUAAUUAAUUUGCUCUGAAUGCAACCAAUAGGGUGAAAACAGUUGAUGGAGUUGGCAAUGUUCGGUUGAGAGUUCUUGGCCUAGUUUCGAAGUGCCAGUCAGUAUCGCCAAUUCAGUUCUAAAUAGUAUUGUUCGGCACGCAAUCCCUCGAUACGUGACGUAAGCGUUUGUAUGUGUAAAGGUGGACUCGCACCUGUCUGCUCGGCAGUAAUUGAAUUUUUAUAGUUAUUUUUCAAAGUGUAGGAAAUUAGUAAAUAAAUAUGUUCGGCAUGUACCGUACAGGCAGGUGUGCGAUCACCUAAUUGAAAAUUUUAAUCUUGUUAUUGGUAGGACAAGAUGAUCAAUAGAGUUAAUUAAAUCUAUAAUUCACUAUGAAAUGAUGAAUCCGAAUUCAGGCUGAGGUAUUCGAAUGUUUAACAUAUUUUCGUCAAUAGUCGUCAUGUUAGGAGGAUAGUACUUAUAUUAAACCAAAUAAGCAAUAGUUUUACAUCUUGAUAUACAUCUUACUCAAUUUUAAAUGUUUUAUGUCUCUGAAUAAUUAAUGAUAAAUGUUAAUGUAAAACCAGCUUUAUAGCGAAGUUGCAUUUUUAAUACUUUAUUUUAGUUCAGCAUUAUUUAAAAAUCACUGUGUAAAUAUUCGAUUAUUUAUUGCACACACCGUUCAAUGAAACCUAUUUUAGUUCAUGACAAUUCUAAAUUGCUUAGGUUGUAUUUUUUAGUUCUAGUCGCUUUUUUAGUUAUAAGUUAUUGUUGUUAGUUAGGUAUAUUUUAACUGUGACUGUGUUGGGCUUAUGUAAAUAGAAUACAUGUAGUUUGUGUUUCCUUCUUUCUAUCGAAUACAUUUUAGUCAAAAGAUACAUGAAAAAUUACAAGAGCACUCAAAACUUUUUUGUUAGUCAAAUUCUACUUCUUCCUAGACUUCCUAUAUUUGUAAGUUUCUUCGUAUAAGUUACAGAAAUAAGCACUCGAAUUUAAUUUGUUAUUGAAUAUUCACUAUUAAAUAAGUGUUUGAUUUUCUGUCAUAUUCACAUAGUACUAAUAAAUAGUUCGUGUUGAAUCACACGAGUGUUACAAUAUACUGUUGGUUUCUAUAAAAUAAAUAAAUAAAUAAAUACCAAAAGAAAUACAAAUUCGCGCUUUAUACACUAAGGUGCAUCCUCACUGGGACCAUUCGCAUGUAAUGUAAAAGAUUCCAUUGUUACAUUACACGUGGGCGCUCCCAGUGUCAAAGCACCUUUACGAGUACACCGGCUUUUUACAGUUUUUUAUACAUUAAUAUAAUAUAGUACGCACACACAGACAUGAUAAAACGUUACAGGUGCCUAGCAAUUUAGUAAAGUUUUUAACAGGUAUACAAAAUAUUUACAAUUUUAGAGAACAGUAUUUAUUUUAAUGGUUAGUUAUUGAUAUUGAAAUUUUAUGAGAUUAAAUCAUAAAUAUAUUCUUGGCUUACUCAUUAAAAAUUGUUUCACCUGUUAAAAAUGCAAGUUUAAAAACAAGUAUUUAUGAUUCGUAUUUAUUUCAGUAUUUAUUACCGAAUCAGUACUUACUCUCAAAAUCUGUUGUGUACUUAGAAUUUUAGUUAUUUUCCAAGCCGAACUCUGGGUUAAAUGUAUGGUACAAAGCACAAAUCUGUCAUUUCUAGGCUCCUGUACUCCUGUAAGCACGAACAACUUGUUAGUUAAGUAAACCGACUCGUCACAGUAAGCAUGGUCGCGGGGCCGCCUAUAGCAUAGUGUAGAAAGAAUGAGACAUUGCCAAACUUUGUGCUCACCUACAACAUAAUUCUACGUCGUUCCUGUACUCAAAAGUUGUCUCUAUCAAUAUUAACGAACUGUUUACCAGUUUUCAAAUAAAUUAAUGUAAUUAGCGAGGAAUAAAGAAUUAUACUCGUCAGUAUUUUUGAGUACGGGAAUGCACACGAGUGAAUGGAGAGGCCAUUUAAUGGAUGUCCCAAGUCUUAUUUUGGUUUGUGAUUUAAAUAUUUAAGAAUGUCUCUGGGUGCGCACAUAGUUUCGACGCGGACUGUACAUUAUUACGAUAAGUGGUUAUCGAGAACAUUUUUUGGAAGAGUAUGCUCUACAAUUAAGAGCUAGUUUCUAAGAAUCGUGUGCCUCAGUGUAUAGUAAAUUAGUGUUAGUUGAAAUAUAUGAAAAUUUAUUAAUAAAAUACAAUAUCAUCAUUAAUCACUUGGAAGAAAAUGAUUAUCGGAAUUAGCUGAAUGAGUGAUUAUUGAUUGUAUUAGUUAGUGUAAGGUAACAGAUAUUGUAUAGGUUUUUGUAAGGCCCAUACGCGAGUGUGGCCUGUAUGGCGGGAGUUUACAAGGGCUCGCGUACCGGCAUGUCGUUGGCAGGACGGUGAUAUUAAAGCCAAUGGCUAGGAUUACAAAGUAGCGAUAUUAAUGUGAAUUUGACACGUUUACAAGACGUAUUAUUGUAUCAUUGGUUACCAUAAGCUCUAAUAGUAUUUGAAAUAAAUAUUUACAUUGAA